GUUUACUCCUUCCGUUUUUACGAGUUUCCGUUAUCCGAUUUUGUUAAUUUAUGAGAAACAAAUAAAACGUCGCUGAACACGUAUGCAUGCACUGAGUCAAGUCACACGUGAUGUGUGGUUAAAAGUGUGAUGGUAUAGGUGACAAAGUUGAUCAAGGCUGAUGCAAAAAUUAUACUGUAAGCUCUGCACACAUAGGACUCCUGAAACAAGAGAAUAAACUAUGAGACUCAUAGUUUGAAGUAUGAAGGUUGAUGAGAACAUCAUCAAACUCCAGGGUAAUUCUUCUACUGAAGCAGAUUGCACUACUGAAGAGCUGCAUAACAAAAUCAGUUUUCAGUUUGCAGAAAAAAUGAAAACUUCAAGUUCCAAUAAUGGCUCACCUAAUAAUAAUGCAGAUGAUGAGGAAAAGUCAAAAGCAGAGGCAAAAAAUAGCAGCAGUGGUCCAUUUGAUGCAACCAUUGAGAGUGAAGAAUUGCAUUUAGAUUUUGAGAUCUUUAACAGUGACAAAGAUGACAGUAUGGAAGAAAUUCUAGAAAUUACUCUGUCAGACUAUGAUGAUACUGAUGAGCAAGAGAUGGAUAUUUGUAAAAAAGAUGAACACAGUUAUUCCUGUAAUUCAAAAGAUGUGGGUGCCUCAUCACAAACAGUGUUGUCAACCAAGAGUUCUGAAACAUGUGUUGAAAAGGUUGGGAAUUCUGACCAAGCCUCAAGUAGAUCCCAGAGUAUUUCUGACAAAAAUGUGGCUACUGAUGCAGACGGCAUGCAAAUUGAAAGGCAUCUUCUAAUGAAUUCAAAAGUGACUAGCAGACCUACAUCACAAACAUGUUUGUCAACCACUUGUUCUGAGACAGGUGUUGAAAAGGUUGGGAAUUCUGACCAAGCCUCGAGUAGAUCCCAGGGUCUUUCUGACGAAAAUGUGGCUACAGAUGCAGGUUGCAUGCAGAAUGAAAAGCAUCUUGAAAUGAUGUCAAAAGUGACUAACAGACGUUCAUUACAAACAAGCCUGUCACCCACAGAUUCUGACCAAGUCUCAAGUAGUAGAUCUGAGUGUAUUUCUGACAAAAAUAUGGCUACAGAUGCAGACGGCAUGCAGAAUGAAAGGCUUCUUCUAAUGAACUCAAUAGUGACUAGCAAAUCUGAUGAUAUUAAUGAUGAAAUUGCACAUAAAAUCACAUUUAAAACUCCUGACACUGAACAGAAAUUGGAAUCUGAUGGUAGUUAUAUCAUUGAAAAACAAGUUGUGGUGGAUCAGGGCAAACCUGUGGAAAAUACCUCUCUGUCAUCAGGUUCUGGAUCAUCAGAACAGGUAUCUGGAGAACACCAAGACUUAGAGAUGUUGACUGAUAGUUCAAAGUUUUCUUCGGUGGAGGUGAAGAAGGAUCCAUCGCCAGUUGGUUCUGCUACUGGGCAGCUAGAUACAUGUGCAAGUGAUGUAGCAAAACAUCUUUAUACAGGUGCUGAAACCAGUGAGACCGUUCUUGAUUCAGAACUGGAAGAAGCUACAGUAGUUCCAUCAGUAGAAGUUCCGUCUACAGAAAAUUAUAUUGUAAAAAGUGAACAAAACUGUUGUAAAAUUAUCAAUUCAAAAAGCGAUGAAAAGAGUGCAACAUUAGUCAUUUCAACAAUCCCUCAAAACAGUGUGAAAAUAUGUGAUUUGGAAAAUGAACAAAAUGAUGCACCAUUGAUGGUUACAAAUGAGCUAAAUAGUGAAAAUAUUGAAAUGUUUUCAAGUGAGAAAAAUGACGAAACAGCGGUGCUUUCAACACAUGAGGAAAACAAAGCAAUGUACAUUUCCAAAUGUGAACAAGCCAGUGGAACAGUUAAUGAUUCAGAAAAUCAUACACCUAAAUGUAAUGUUUCACCCACUGAAACAAGUGUUAACACUGAUCUUUCUCAGAACAUGGUCAGUUCUUCAGUAAAAGAGCAAGAAUUACAAUUACCUGAGAAAUCAACCCCAUCUCUUUCUCUUUCAACCAGUCCAGCAUUAUCAAAAACCACUGAGAACCAAACUGAACCUACUUCAGUCAGUCUCUUAACAUCAAAAACAGAAGAUAACGCAGCUGCAACACCUUCAGUCAGUGCACUAACAUCAAGUAUAACAGAGAAACUAAUUGAACCUCUUUCAGCCAGUGUGCUAACUUCAAAAACAACAGAAAAACAAAUUGAACCUGUUCAUACUGAUAAACUUGAGAGUUCAAUGAAGGAACAAGCAGCUAGUGUGCCCAAAAUACACACUGAACAAUCUGAAAGGUUAAGCUCUUUGUCUCAAUGUGUUGAAUUAAAAACAACUUCCAGUUUAUCAAGCAGUGGAGCACCUCAACCUGAAGCCACUUCUGUUGCUUCUUCAUUCACAUCACUAAAUCUGUUGAAAGAUAAGACAAGCAAAGAUCAUUCCAGUAAUACGGUGGAAACCAUUCAUGACAUUUCCAAACAUAUUAAAAGUGAGCCUGUUGAUAAUGGGUAUGAACAGUUGGUCCAUAAUUCAAUUCAAAAUCCUGAUCUUAAGAAUAAAUCUCAUUCUGUGUCUGCUCUACCAUCAUUUGUAGUUAAAAGUGAAUCCUCUACUGUACUUUCAGAUGGAGGAAAACAUGCCUCUGUGGACCAUAAAAUUGUUACAAAAGCUUCAGCACCAAUUCCAAAACAGAAAAGUCCCAUGAAGGUGGUCAAAUCCAGUCUGCCAGUUGUUUUGCCAGCAGCAGAUUGUAAGCAAAAGGUUCCGUUUGCCAUUGUAAAUAGUGGUUACAAUAGCUCUGGUGUCCCAUGUUCCUAUAUUAUUCCAAUUAAUACAUCAUUUGCAUCUUCAUCUCAGUUCCAGACACUUUUCAAAUCUUCAUCGAAUGGAAAGGUCAUGUUACAGAGGAUUACUUUAAAUAAUGGACCUCAAAAUGUUAAAAAGAAGGGACAGCAGUUGAAACCAUCAACAAAUGUUUCAUCACACACAAGCAGUACACCAGCCUCUUUAAGACUAGCAAUUCCUGUUAGUUGUGGAACCAAAGUCGCUACAAAAGGUCAAUUUGGUGCAACUAGACCUGACACUGAAGGCAUUUCUACACUGACACCGGCAAUUUUAGAAAACAUUAAAGAAACUUCUACAAAUUCACUAGGUUACUUCAAAAUAAAAAGUCUUGACAUUUCAGGCAUUUCUGAACUUGUCCAAAGAAAAAAUCUUGAACAGAUUUACAAAGCACCAGUAAAACCUUUGAAAGUGUUGUCCACGAAGAUGACAUACUUAUGCACCGAGUGUGGAGAUACAUUUCUGUUGGAGUCCAGCCUCAAGGAUCACUUUGCGAGGUGCAGCAUGGUCGUUCAGUACUACUGCAAGGCAUGUAAGGUGAAGCUGCUCUUCACCAACAAGUGCAGUCUACUGAAGCACCUGCGCUGCCACAGUGCAAGUCCAGAUAUGCUGACAAAAGCAGCUCUUCAGAUCAAGGCCGACCACAUUUCAGUGUUGUCCGUGUUCGAAGGUAAUAUGCCAAAAACGGAAAAGGCAGCUGUGAACAGUCAUUACCACGUCGGACCCAAGGUGUUGAACAUUGUAAAAUCAAAGGGAGAUGACCCAUGUCCCGAGUGUGGUCAUGUAAGUCAUUUGAAGAUUAGUCACCACUUUGGAAGUCUUGGGGUGAUUUGCAACUUCAAGCACAUGUGCAAACAUUGCUCUAUGUACCUGCCUACUGCUUGCUCCCUUAAUGCUCACUAUCGUGUUCACAGCUAUGCAUGGCCAUUUGUUUGUCCAGAAUGUGGAAAAACAGUCGGUGCCAUCGAUGACUUUAAGACUCACCUAUCUGAGGAAUGCUAUCACUUCAGUCGAGUACCGAUGUUUGUCUGUCCUGUUUGCAAUGUUCUUGUAUUCAAAGCAUCCAGCCUGAAACAGCAUUUUGUUUUGGAGCAUAAAAACAUUUUUUACAGUGAAAAAAGGUGCCAGGCAGUGUUUUCCACAUAUGAGCAAUAUUUAAACCAUAAGCAUACAGUCCAUCCAGGAAGCAGUUGUUGCCCCAACAUUCACUUCUACUGUCAGAUUUGUAAGACAAGCCUGUUGCUUAAAUUGCUUUUAAAUCACAUGAACUCGCACAUAACUGUGAUCAAGCAAAAUAUUCAGUUUGGAUACCUCUGCAUCACUUGCAGAGAUGAAGAAAAGGUCUCCAGAAUGUUCAUUACAAGAAAUGAUCUGCAGAGGCAUCAAGAAGUGCACAAAGGAGGUUGGAGCACGCGUUGUUCAGUGUGUUCCUUGUUAUUCACAUCGGCAGAACUCGAAGACCAUAUGACCAAGUGUCAUGCAUCCACUGACGAAAAUGUCUGCAAGCAUUGUACAAUGCAUGCUGAUGAUAUGGAGACGCAUUUGAAACACUGUGAAGCUAGGAAUAUUGCACUUAUGUUUGAGGAUACCAUUGGUCCAGACUGUUCCAGGAAGCAACCGACAUCUAACUCAAAAGAGUUCUUGUCCUUCCUGGAUUCCCUGAACCAAAGUGGCUGCUUAGCAAGUCAUGAAGUUCAGAAAGUUGAAAACGGAGUUGAUUCGGCACAACUUGUGUGUAAAUAUUGCAAAGCAGAUGGCUACCAAUCGUUGGCAAAUUUAGCAAGGCACAUUUCUAUACAUGUGAAAGAUGGUGUGCUCAUUUGCAACAAAUGUCAGAGAAGAAACUUUAAGUCAAUUGGGGAGAUGAAAUCUCAUCAGAUUGUUUGUGGCCUUGACUUGAACUGCCUCGAGGAGAUAAGUUCAGGUGAAGAGUUCUGCUGUGAGGACUGCGAUAAAUAUUUCAGAGACAGUGUAGCGCUCCACAAACACAUGAAGGAGGAACACGCCUUUUACCCUUGCCACUUGUGUGGUCUGACUUACAGUACAGACGAUGAUCGUGAACUACACAUGAACACGGUCCAUCGGGGCAAGAAGUCGGUUUCCCUCUCGUGUCACCUCUGUAGGGGCAAAAAAGGCAAGGGUAAGACAUUUAUGCGCCGAGAGUUCUAUUACAAUCACAUGGAAACAGUUCAUGGAAUCGGCAAGUCAGCGGAUGAAAGUAAUGAUUCAAAGAGGAAAAGUGAGUCAUCAGAGUCCGGGUCUCCACUGAAGAGGUUAAAGGUGGACGAGGCUGACAAAUUCUGCUGCGCAAAAUGUGAAUUUUCAACAGUCAAAUCGGAGGAGUUCAGCGACCACAUUGUUAAACACAAGAAAGACGAUUCUUCAAUUCAGUGCCCCAACUGUGGACUAUGUUUCAGUGUUGUUCCUGCUCUGAAGCGCCACCUGUUGCUGGUACACAAGAUCAAGGAUGUGGAUCAGUUCAUCGCAGACAAGGAGCUGCAGGCACCUGAGGAGGAGGAAGAUGUAGAUUUGAGUUUCGUCUGUCCUCAAGGACCAGACACAUGUGCUGAUUCACAGAGCAAUUGUCAAGAUCCAGACCGAACUUCAGACAAUCCCAGGGAAUGUUGCGUCUGCAAUAGGAUAUUUGAAACCGAAGCCGAGAAGAACUUCCACAUGCGAACUCAUGGCAUGGCAUUCAUUUCUUCCAGACGCCGGCAGCGGCUACCAAAGAAGUCGCUGGAUUCAGAUGAAAGAGAAGUUGAUGUUGUAAACUGUGAUACAACAAGUGCACCAACAACUCCUGAAAAGUCUUCCAUCACCGAUACACGGGACAACAGUAAGCCAUCACCCAUUUCUGUUGCAAAGAGAGUGAAACUGUCUGAGACAAGUAAGAUUCUGCAGCCAUCAAAUCAGCCUGUUGUUGCUGUUGAAAGGAUUCAGACUCCUGAUAAGGCGGUAGUUACUGCUGAAAAAACUCAUAGAGAAAAUGAGUAACUUGUGGAUAAGAGUUACUUCUUGUAGCUACAUGUGAAUUAGUUAAGCCAUCAAUGCAAGUAUAGAGAGAGUUACAUAGUAACUGUUCGUUUAAAAUUUGUCUUUGUAUAUUCUAGGAUUUACCAAAUUUAUAGUACAUCCAAAUGCCUGGGAGUUCAUAGCACCCUGACAAACAUUGUUUUUUAGAAAUAAUUUUAGAUUUGAUUGACGCAAGAAAAAAAGUAGAAGCCUUUUGGAAUAACAAAAAAAUACUAUUUUUAUAUGAAAUUUAGAAAACAAUCGACUCAGAAAUAAAUAACUUGUAGUAAAUUCCAUAGCAUGAAAAAAGGCGUUCCCUGUGGGAUGGACUAUAAAUUAUUACACAGAGAAUGUACCUUUUACUGGAAUUUACCACUGGGAUUAUAUGAUGUGGAAUGAACAUGGUUAAUCUCUUCUUCUUUCGUAUGAAAUGGUUGAACCAUCACACUUGGAUAUUAUAGGAUUUACGAAAUCCAGGGACUUGGAGCUUUAAUCAGUAUUCAGAGAAUAUUUGUAAUAUAUAGAUUGGCUGGGAGCUUCAAUCAAUAAUCAGAGAAUUUGCCUCUGGGGGGCGUACAGGAUUUGGACUGAACAUGGUUAAUCUUUAUUCAGUGGAUUAAGCUGGUGAAUUUUGCUUCCUGCCACUAACAUUGCUUUGUGAUGGAUAAAAAAAUUACGCUUACCAAUACCAUGACAAUGUCUUCCCAAUAAACAUGUAUAAUAUAAAUUUUAAACCAGAUGGGUUUUUUUUUAGCAUAUUUUAGGUAGAAUUCUGGCAUUUUUCUCAUUUCUAAUACAUUUUUCUUUUUGACCAGCAGGCAUUGAAUUUUUAUUAUUAUUUUUAUUUUUUUUGGAUUCCACUGGAAUCAAAGCAUGAUGUAAUAUAGAUAUUUUAGGAUUCCAUCUCAUAAUUUUAUGCUUGCAACCCGAAAUCUGGCAUUCGCAGAAACAUGGAAACAAGCUAAAUUUUGCAGCCUGACCACAUACAUGUGUAUGCUGGUAAUCAAUCCAUGGUUAAUAUUUAUCAAAACAUCUUGCUUAAUUUAUCAAUUUUGACAAAUCCUGUUUGUGAAGCAAAAAAAAAGAGUUGUACAUUGUACAUAGUACAUAUAUACCUGGGUAGCUCAGUCAGUUUUACUUGAUUGACUUGACAAACUGGUCUGAAUUUAGGGAAUAACCCAAAUGUUUUUUUUAUUAUUUACUGAUAUACAUGUAGAUCAGUGGUUUAGUUUUAGUUUUAUUUGCAAUUUAGAAACCACCUGUUUUCGUUGGCAAAUUCAGCUAUUUAUUCUUAUUUUGUAAUAUCAAAUUGUCAUAUUUUUAGUAAGAAUAUACACAUAUGUAAAAGAAUAAUAUUAGUUUCAUUCAGACUUUAAAAUUAUAAAAUAUUUAAAUGGAUUUCAUACGUAAUAUGCUAUACAAUAUGUAUGCUAGAGAAGUUGUCUUAUGACGUCAUUAUGAAACGGCCCUGUUCUUUACUUAACUUAGACUUAAAUUUAGUAGAGAUUCAAAUAAAUUUGUUUGUACAAAUGUGUUGAAUUAGAAUAGAGGUAGGUUUUUUUUGUUUUUUGUUUUUUUUAAAGCUCGAAUCUGAAGAAUGGUACAUGAUGUAGGUCAGUGGUAAGAGUGCUUACCAGGGAUGUUAUAAGGCAUAAGAUCCAUCGCCCUUCAGGAUCUAAUCCAGAGGUGAAAAUGUAAUUUAAAGUUUGUUUUGUUGAAUGACACCACUAAAGCACAUUGAUUUAUUAAUCAUCGGCUAUUGGAUGUCAAACAUUUGGUCAUUUUGAUAUGUAGUCUAGUCCAUUAGUAGCA